AUGAGAUACGUAGUGUUUCGAAAAUCUACCUACUUAUCGGCCGCGACUUGCUUCCUAGCCUACGCCAACGGACAAACGCGCCCCUCUGGUGGCACUGGAGACUGCCAUGUUCCCCUGACCGCGAACGCUAUACUGAACGGAAAUUUCGGCAUCACAGGACGAGUGACCUUCCAAUUGGUUCCUGGCGCACAGCUUUUGGUGGUUGAUGUCAAUCUUUCGGGCUUGAAAAAACCGGCAGGUUUUGGUGACUACACUUAUCAUGUUCAUACACAUCCGGUGGGCGCAGAUGGCAAUUGCGCAGCAACUAAGGGACAUCUCGAUCCUUUUCACGCUGGCGCCAAAACACCUUGCGAUUUCCAUCAGCCUCAUUUAUGCGAAGCCGGAGAUUUAUCUGGAAAGUUUGGAAAGAUAUCAAGUGCCCAAGAUACCGCUUCGGUACACUACAUCGAGCCAUUCUUGAAGUUCUCCCCAGCAGAGCAAAGUGUCCUUGGCCGGAGCGUCGUUGUUCAUGGCCCCGACACUACUCGUUUAGCCUGUGGAAACAUCACCUCCUGGCUCGAUAAUACUGCUGAUCUCUCGGGUAAACCCACUCUUCAACCGUCUACAUUUACUCAAAUCUAUUGA